AAUUACAUGUUCAUUUUUUUUUUUUUUUUUAUUUCUAAAUUAAAUUAAACAAAUAUCUAUUAAAUUUUAAAGAAAAAAAAAAUUAUUUAAUGCAUGGCAAAAGCUUUUAACAUAAAUAUUGAAAGUCUUCGAGAAAAGAGUCGAGAAUUGUUAUUAAAAAUUGAAAAAAAUUCAAUAAUUGUCAGUGAAGAAAUUAAAAAUUUGCACUCAGAAAUUCGAUUACCACAAGCUGAGAAAAAAAAUAAAUGUGUUAUUUCAAGACCAGAGGGUCCAAAAGAUUAUUGGAAAAUACGAAACGAUUCAAGUGGAGUAUCCGGUCUUCUUUGUCCAAAUUUAUUUGAAAAAGAUAGUCAAAUAUUUUCAUCUAGACUUGGUGAUAAUUGUGACGAGAAAGAUUCCAACAUGACAAUUGGCGGUGGUAAAAUUUUAUUGACAUCAAAGCCACAAAUAAUUCAUUCACCAUUGAGAAGACCAGUUCAAGGUUGCUACUGUAAUGAGCCAAGAAAAAUUCAACCAAGAUCAGCAAGAACAAUUCAUCACAAGCCAUUAUCAACAGCUUGUAAACAUUGUCAGAGUAAUUAUGAGCUCAAUUACGAUAAACAACAUACUGAAAAUACAUUAUUAACACCAGCUUUGAGUUAUGAAACAUUACAACGAGUUCAACGAAUAAAUUACACUCCAAGAUCUCAAUUUUUACGUAAAGUACAACAAAAAUUAUCAAAUAAUCAUAGCUAUCAUCAGGAUGUUGUUAAUGGUGAUGAUAAUCAUCAUCAUCAUGUUGAAUUAACAUCAACUGAUAGAAAUAAUAAUUUCGAUAAUGAAAGUCCAUCUAGUCCUACAAAUAAAUAUCGACAUAAUUUAAUAAAACAUCAAGAAAAUAAACAAAAUUUUAGACAUGUAGAAAAUAAUUAUAAUAGCACAAGUGAUAGAUCAAAAAAAUCUUCAUCUGAUGAUAAUGAAAUUCAAGAAAUUAUUGUUACUGCUGAUGUUCACAAAUCAGAUGAUUCACCAAGUGAAGAUGAGAUAACUAGACUACAAUUAAAUCUUGAAAAUAAAUUAAAAAAUCCACAAAAAAAAUCAUCAAUUAUAAAUAAAAAAAAUUCGUCAAAUAAAAGUCUGGCAGUGAUUGAAAAAACAAGAGAAUCAUCACCAGAAAUUGAGACAAUAUUACCACCAAAAAAAAUAAAUAAAAAUAAACCAAAAAAAACAAUUUCAUCAGUAUCAUUAAAAAAUAAAAAUGAAUUAUCUAAAAAUAAUGAAAAUAAUGAUAAUAAUAAAAAUAAAACAACACGUUUAUUGACACAAAAAAAUUGUUGCUAUGAUAAUUGUUUAAUUAAUGAAAAAAAUAAAAAAUAUAAAAGAAAAAAAAAAACAUUAAAUUGUUGUCAUCAUAAUGAUAGUGAUUUAUCAAAAUAUUUAUUACCUGAUAAACCAGAUGAUGAAGCAAUUGAAUUACGUAAAUUUCGUGAUAAAAAUUAUUUUGAUACACAUGGUUCAAAAGCAACUCUCUUAUCAUCAAGUUCUGGAUCGUCAUUUGAACAAUUUGAAUUAAAUGAAAGAUUAUUUCCUGAAAAUAUUGGACGUAUAAGUCGUGAUGAUUUAGUUGUUUCAAUGCCAAUUUGUACGACAAAACAAUUAAAAAAAAUUCAUUAUUUUCCACGUAAUAUUGUACAACAAGAAAAAAAUAAUCAACAUUUUGCAUCGAAAAAAUAUAAUCAUGCAAAUUGUCCAUUGAUUGGUCAUGCUAUUGAUAUUGGAGUUUUAAAAACUCAAAGACCAAAAAAUAGUCUUGCUUUAAAAUUUCAAGAUGGUGUUUUUUAAAAUAUAUAAUAAAUUAAUAAUUUUAUCAUUAUCUUGAUGGUUUUUUUAUUUUUAUUUUGAUAAUGAAAUCAGCUAAUUUAUAUUUGUUUUGUUUUAUUUUUUCUUUGUAUUUUAUUGUAUCGAUUUGAAUGAAUUUUAUUAUUUUUAGAAAAUUACUUGUAUCAAACUAAAAUCAUGAAAUAAAUAUUUAUUUUUAAUUAUUUUA